AUGGCACCCAAAUCUGCUCACAUUUUGUUCGCAAUUCUCUCAGUUGUGGCGGUGGCCGCCGCUUCCGAAGGCACCAAAGCGGGCGGUUGGAAGGCAAUCUCGAAUCCGAACACUCCGGAGGUGGUUGCGGUGGCGAAAUUCGCGGUGGCGGAACACAACAAAGAGAAGAAGACACCGUUGGUUUUCGUGUCUGUGGUGAAGGCAGAGUUCCAGGUGGUUGCCGGUGUCAAUUAUAGGCUCCUCAUCUCCGCCAAGCACGGCACCGCCGUCACUCCCGAAACCUAUGUCGCCGUCGUUAAUUCCAGCCCCUCGCGAUCUCUGUCGCUCGUUUCCUUCCAUGGAAUUGUACACUAG